AUGAUAUGGAUCUUACAUGACUGGAGUGAUGAAGAGAGCUUGAGGAUACUAAAGAAAUGUAGAGAGGCGAUCCCAAGCAAUGACAAAGGAGGAAAGGUUAUAAUCAUCGACAUGAUCGUGCAAAAUCAAAAAGAAGAUGACGAGUCAAUUGAAACACAACUCUUUUUUGACAUGUUGGUGAUGAUUUUGUACCCUGGCAGAGAGAGAAAUGAGAAAGAGUGGGCAAAACUCUUCUUUGAUGUUGGCUUUAGUGGCUAUAAAAUAACUCCUUCAUUGGGAUUGAGGUCUGUUAUUGAGGUCUAUCCUUAA